AUGUCAUAGGAGAGUAGAGAUUUUUGGCAGACAGGAGUUUUCUCAGCUGCUAACUUACCUAUUUGCAGCACAAGUCAAAAGGCUCUCAGAGGGGGAGAAGCUGCCUUGGGUCACACAACUGUGCUGGAGCUGACGGCCUGCCUACUUUUUCUGGAUACAGGGCUUCGGGGUGAGGAGCUCUUUGGACUGUAAAACCAAGGAUAUGCUGUGGAUACAUACUUCCUAAUCACCUUGGAUCAAUAUCUGCUGGUAAACUAACAAGACUAUGGCAGACCCAACGCCUGCAGACCCUUGCUGUAAACCCCUUGACCUAUGCCAGGAAUGUGGUCAGACUCAUCCAAGUACAGAAAAUCAUGUAUACAACUUCCAGCACGAGGUGGAUGAUGAACUUGUCUGUCACAUCUGUCUUCAGCCCCUGCUGCAACCCAUGGACACUCCUUGUGGACACACUUACUGCUACAGAUGCCUUAAGAAUUUCCUACAAGAAAAGGACUUCUGCCCUAUGGACCGCAAGAAGCUUUGCUUUCAGGACUGCCACAGGUCUAGCUUGUUGGUAAGGAAUUUGUUGGAUAAACUAAGUGUGAGUUGUCCCUUUCUCACUGACUGCAAGCAAGUCAUGCAGCGUUGUGAGCUGGAUGCCCAUCUAAAGAACAGAUGCCAAGGCUUUAGGAAAUGCAGACCAGUGAAAGAGAAGACUAAUGCCACAAUUUGCUUGAGGAAGAAUGCCCAGGAUGGACAAAGGGACUUGCCCCAGACAUCAGGGAUCUCCUCUGUUAUAGCAGAAUCUUCUCUAGCUGCUGUGGUCUCUCUUGGCACAUCUGAGCCUGGCCUGGUGAAUCCAGCAUUUGAUGAACAUGAUGAUGAUGAUGAUGGUGAUCUCCCUCAGAGGACAAGCCUGCUUGCAGAGACAAGCACCGUGGAGAUCCAUCGUGUUGAUCCUGAGAAUCCCCUUGGAAUGAGGAUUGUAGGGGGUAAGGAUACCCCUCUUGGGAACAUUGUGGUUCAGGAAAUUCUGACAGAUUCCUUGGUGGCUACAGAUGGAAAAGUGACACCUGGAGACCAUAUCCUGGAGGUCAAUGGCACAAACAUAAGCAAUGUGACCCACAGCCAAGCUAUAGCCUUGCUUCGACAACCCUGCUCUGUCCUACAGCUCACUUUGGUUCAGGAGAAAGGCUUUUCACCGCAGUCUUCACGGACAGAGAACAGCACUGGGGGCAGCCCCCAUUCCACUAAAGUGAUCCAGGUCACACUAACAAAAAGGGAUCGCUCAGAGCCACUGGGUAUAAAGCUUGUUAGAAAGACAGAGGAGCCCGGGAUCUUUGUUCUCGAUUUAUUAGAUGGCGGUUUGGCUUACAAAGAUGGGAGGCUAAAGUGUAACGAUAAAGUUCUCUCCAUCAAUGGUCAUAAUCUGAAACAUGGAACUCCUGAAACAGCAGCACAGAUCAUCCAGUCAAGUGAGGCACGAGUGAAUUUUGUGGUGCUGCGACACAUGAUAGAUCAGCCAGUGGAUAUUAAUGAAGAGAGUUCCUCAUCUGGCAGCAGUAAUGGUGGUAGUCCAGUUCACCCCCGAAAGCGGCCAAGUUUACGCCCAAACAGAAGAAAAUCCACACACCACAAGGAUGUAAAUCCAGGUCCCCCCGACCAUGAAAAAAGUGUUAAUGUGAAGAAAGAACAAUAUGAAUCUCUGGGAAUAACCAUUGGAGGAGGCCGGGAUCUUAAAAACAAGCUGCCGAUAUAUGUGUCCAGCAUUCAGCCUGUUGGGUGUCUCUUCAGGGAUGGGAGAAUCAGAAAAGGGGAUGUGCUCCUGAGCAUUAAUGGCACUGACCUGACCUCUCUGAGUUACUCGGAUGCCAUAUCUGCACUCAAGACAAAUGCAGCUUCCCACACAGUUGUACUGAAAGCUCUGGAGGUUACAGUAGGAGAGCGGCUGGAUGAGCCUGUUGAGCAUGCUGCUGGAGUGACAAGAGAGCCUGGUGGGAUCUGGUCACCUCUCUGGGUAUAUUGGCUUGCUCUUCCAAGCUCACUGCAUUGGUGCCGACAUAUAACAUUACGGAAAACUUCCUCGGAAAGCUGGGGCUUCAGCAUCGUUGGAGGAUUUGAGGAGGGCAAGGGGGACCAGCCAUUCUUCAUUAAGACUAUUGUCCCUGGCACCCCGGCUUUCUAUGAUAAACGGUUAAAAUGUGGAGAUGAGAUCGUUGAGGUGAACGGCGUGUCUGCAGUGGGAAUGAGUAAUGCACAGCUCAUCCCUAUGCUGAAAGAACAGAAAAACAGGGUCACCCUGACAGUUGUGUCUUGGCCCGGGAGCUUAGUGUAAUAUUUGCAAGCCAAAGCCAAUAGCAUGAACUCUGAGCCAUUCCUGAUAGAUGCUCCAAAUCACCACAAUAUCUUCUCUUCAGUUUUCUUGUGCCGUGCCUUGGUUACUUGUACAACUUUUCCCUUUUGGAGCCAAUCCAAGACGAUCCAAAUCAGGAAAUUUAAAAAAAAAAAACUGCAGCUUGCAGCAAUCUUAAAGCCAACAUGUGAAUAAGGUAAAGCCAAUGUUGCCUUAGCUGCCUUGCACUAAAGGUACAGUAAUGCUGGGGAAAAUUCUUUGUGCAAGGGCAUGAUAAAUACAUACUUAUAUUGCAGUCUCCACUUGCCAUUAAUCUAGGUGGGACUGAAUGAGUUGGUUUUGUCCUAUUAGCCAAGUACUGUCAGAAAAUUGCCCUAUAUAUAUGUCUGUAAAAGCCCAUCUGAAACAUUGGGAUGUAGCCUUUUAUACACAAAGGAUUACAGUAUAAAAUCAUGCUGCAGUCAUACAUCAUAAAGAUCUUAUGUGGCAGGUAGUGAAGGGGUGCAAAGAGAAAUUGUGCUGUUUAGUUGGGAGGGGACCUGAUUAAGUACAAUUGGAAAGGGGGUUAUUGUCACGUGGUGACAACAGUUUCUGUGGCUCUGCUCUUGUGUAACUGCUAUGCCUGUCUGUAUGGAAUGCACAGGGCACACUGCUCAUUAAGAGGCAGCGAUUUCUUUACAGAUACUCUGUACAUGGCCCAUUGCCUGGCACUGAUCAAUGUAUGGCACUGCUAAAGCUGUAUAUUGUCCAGUAUAUAGCAGAAACAUCAGAUACCACUAGCAAGUGGGAACAUAUGUGCAAACUCUUAUUAUAGAGUUUGCAGGGCACUAAAAAGUUGCUGAGUACUGAAGACUCAAAGCUGCAAUUUUAGUGCCCUUCACUCAGCUGGAAUAGGACUUCUAUAGGGUUAAUUUCUCAUAAUAAAUACUUUGUGGUAGAUUUACCAUUUUCAGAAAUCUUUUAGGCAUUUGAGAUUUAAAAAUGUAUUUUCAUGCUGAACUCUUCCUCCCCCACCCCUCCUUACAGUUAUGGAGAAGAGAUUUGGAUAGGUGAAAGUGCUCAGUGCUAUACUUCAGCGGUUUGGUCUCUUAAGGGCAGUGCUGUCCAACUUAUUGCACAGUGGGUCAUGUAUCCAACAAAUCAUAAAUACCUGUGGCAAAUUAUUCAAAAUGAUAGUCUUAGCCCCAGGGACCAUGACAAUCCUUUAGGGGGGCUGCUUCUCAAUGAAAAGCACUUUUUUAGGGCCAGGGAAUUCAGGCCACAGUUAUCUCAGGGGAAAUCGCAACAAAAGAAUUUGAUAUGAAUGGCAAGUGUCAUGGCCUAUGGCCACCUUUGUGCCAUAAAAUGUCCAGUCUGCAAUUUCAGGCUAUAAUUGGUCCUACUGGCUGCAGCCAUAUCAUACUAUUUGUCUAUUAUGGCAAGCAAUUGUAGGAUUUUCCCUGUGCCAAUGAAAAAGUCUCUGUGCUAUUGCACUUACACCGGCAGCAUAUUAAACCAAUGUUAAACUCCUUUUGUGCAGUGUACUAUGGUCUAACUAGCAUCAUGGGUUAAAUGAAGUUAGCUGUCCGACAGCAUUUUAUCAUUUAUUAAUAAAUGCUAAUCAUCUUUACUGGUUUAACUGUAAUUCCUUUUGCACAGUUCGCCUUUUUUUGUUGUUCCACACACAAACGAUUUCAAUUUAUUUUACACAUUAAUUCAGGCUGUAUUAAAUGUAGAUAUUUGUGUUUGAUCUUUUGUCUUAUAUGUCCGGUCAGAUUCAGCAUGUUUGCAAUAAACCGUCUCUAUUUUCUUGUACAGCUCUAA